GUAGCCAGUGGCCAGGAUGGCCUGAGAUAUGCCCAGGAGCUCAGGCCUUUCCCAAGGUGCUCUGGAGAAGCAGAGAAGAGGGCCACAGGGCCAACCCCCAGGGUGAGGGAGUUUGGUGCUAAGAGUCGUGGGAGGAAAGAGGACUCGUAGGGUGCCUACCCAAUGCCUCCAUAGGGAAGAGGGGGCACAGUGCAGACGACCCAAAACUCCUACAGGAAAAAAACAAAAAACAAGGAUUCCAAGGUGUCGAAGGCAAGAACUGAGAGCAGGCUGUAGUGACAGAGGCCAUGAGUGUCCGGGCCACACGGCCCCGAAGCCGUCGAGGGAGACACCCUUUGCCUGGGGAGCUGGACCCUGUAGCUGAGAGCUCAGAGGAAGUAGAUGCCACCAAUGGAAGCUUCGAGACUAGCCCUGAGCUGCUGCUUCAGGAACACCUUGGCCCUGGCCUACAGGGCCCCAGGAACUGGACCAAGGAGGAUUGUGAUGUAGGAUCCCAUGGGGUCCUACCCUUGAGCCUGGAAGAACAGUGUGAGCCUGAGGUGGAAGACCACCAGGCCCUGCAAGAAGCCCCCCUGGGUACUGGUCCUGCUGAGAUAUCAGCAGCCAAUGUGUAUGAGACCUUGCAGUGCAGGCUGAGCUCCCUUGAGGCAAUUGUAGCUGCCUGGCGCCACCGCUCGCUAAGUGUUCAAAAGCCAGUGGAAGCAGAAGACAGAGACCAGGGGGCUCUGGGGUCCUUUGGUGGUGAGGAAGAAGCCUCUGGACCUGGACGGCAGGAGGCAGCUUGCCUCAUAGAGAGGAACGCCUGGCUGCGGCAGGCCCUGAGCAGCCGGGAGGAGGAGCUGGCCUGCACUCAGGCCUCACUGCAGGACGCCCAGGCAGAGAAGCAGACUCUGCAGAGACAGUCACAGGAACCAGCACAAAUCCUGAGAUCACUGCAGCUGGAGCAGAGUCGGGAGACAGAGGUACAGGAGCUGGAGGAUUCCCUGAUGCAGCUGGAGGCCUCCCCACCUCCCUCCAUCCUCGGAGCAGGGCACAGAAACAGCAACUCCAGCAGUUCUGGUGCAGAAAGGAGACCCUGGGCGCCUCAGGACUCCCCCAUGGCUCACCCCCUUCUCCAACGUCUCCGGAGUGAUUCCAGCACCCAGAGCUUUGGGUGCCUUUCCACACAGCAUCCAGCCCCAGAGAUGUACCUCCUGGAAGACCAGAUGGGGCAGCUCCAGGGCAGGAACAUUGAGAAGUUGAAGUGCUUCAAUCGCCUCCUUCUGGCUGUGCUUCAGGGCUACAAGGGCCGCUGUGAGAGCCUCAGCAUUAAGCUGGGCAAGCGGGAGGCUGAGGCCACAGCCCUGUGCCUGGCUCUGCAGUAUAGUGAGGACUGUGAGGAGGUGUAUGAGGUAAUGCUUGCUCUGAAGACAGCUGGCCUAGGAACUGGAGUUGAAGCUACCAAGGGAGCCCUGCAGGCUGCUGAGAAGGAGGCCUCUAGACUACUGGCGAAGAAGGACACAGCCGUGGAUAUAGAGACACCCCAGCCCAGCCCAGAGGGCAGGAGUGUGGACAAGCCUACACCAGAGGGACUGGCUGCUCGGCUCCAUGCCUAUGUCCAGCAUCUCCGGGAGCGCUGGGCUUUGGUGAAGAUCCCCCCAGCACUUGGGCCUGCCACUGCACCCAAGCCGACUAUGCCCCAUGCAGAAGCAACAGUACAGGCCAUUCUGGAGAUACAGCCUGGCCCGGCCUUGCCCCAGCUCGAGAAGUCUCAGAUCCAGCAGGACCUAUCGGCUACUCGGGACAGUCUGGCUGACCUGGUGCUGAGGCUGCAGCUAGCGCAGCGGGAGAAGCGCGGGCUGGAGCUGCGGGAAGCAGCGCUGCGGGCCCAGGGCCCUGCCCAUCGGCUGCUCCUGCAGCAGCUUCGCUGGGAGCGGGCUCACCUCACGGGCGAUGGCAGCAGUGGAGGCAGCAGCGAGGACCCAAGCAGCGACGAAGAGGCCGGGGAGGACAGACUGCAGCACUACCAGGUCCCUCCUGCCCUCCUGGGUGGUCAGAUGGACAAAGUGUGGGACUCUGAGAAUGUAUCCCAGGAACUGUCAGCAUCCCUGGCCCGGGCAGUGGACCUGCGGGCACAGCUGCAGUCCCUGCGGCGGCAGCUGGAACAGGUGGCUCAGAAGGGCCGAUCCAGAGGUGCUCAGAGUGCCGAGCUCAACAGAGAGCUGUGCAAGGCUCACAGCGCUCUGGCUUUGGCCUUUAGAGGAGCCCACCGGAAGCAGGAAGAGCAACGCAGGAAGUUGGAGCAGCAGAUGGCUCGGAUGCAGGCUCAACAGGCUGAAGAGCUGGCAGUGCUGAUGGCCACUGCUAGGGCCCUGGGGAAGCCUGGGGCACCCCAGUCAGCCCAGACCUUCCUGUAGGGCUCGGACCAAGCUUGCAUGUGACACAGAGGUGGCUGGAGUGUCACAGUAUCCUGUGGUGUAUGGAGAGGCAGCCCAGAUACUAACAGCAGGGUCUGCUCUUGCGGGGACUUGGGUUUAAUUGCCAGCCUCAACAGCCUUGGCGCCUGUGACUCCAGGUCGAGGAGAGCUGUCGCCCCCUUCUGGCCUCUGAAGGCUCUGCACUAAUGUGUACAUACCCUCCCUUACACAUGUAAUUAAACAAAAUAACAUACAAACCUG